AUGACCCCUGUACACUUCAGCUUCAGCUCCGCCUUCAUGUUAGGACUAAUAGGAUUAACCUUCCACCGAACCCACCUCCUCUCCGCCCUUCUCUGCCUAGAAGGAAUAAUACUAUCUUUAUUUAUUGCCCUCUCCCUCUGAUCCCUUCAACUAGAAUCCACCACCUACGCCACCGCCCCAAUACUACUACUAGCAUUUUCGGCAUGUGAAGCCGGAGCAGGCUUGGCCCUCCUUGUAGCUACCACGCGUACACACGGCACAGACCACCUUCAAAAUCUAAAUCUCCUACAAUGCUAA